GUGACUUUGGCCUUUACCUUCCUGGAUCGGUACGACUCCCUGGUAACACGAGGGCCUUCCUCAAACAAGGUGCUGAACAGCGUGGCACUUGUCACAUUGCUUCUACACCUGGCUGUGAGCUGCAGCAUUGUCUUCUCCAGGUGCAAGGAAGACAGACCAGAAACCUUGGUCCCCUCGGUCCAGCAGUGGCUUCUGUACGUGGCCUUAUGGCCCGUUCUGGCCGUUCUCGUCUCAGAGGGCACAAAGCGCCGUGACAGGCGGUACCACAUGCACCUUCAAAAGACUCUGCGGGUGCUCUUCAACACCCGGCUAGGCAUGUGGAGCCCGAAGUGA